AGCACCACGGAGCUGGGGGAGAAGGAGGGAAGGGAUUCGUCGGAGUAACUUUCCAGAAAAACAGUCAACGUGUAGCAGGAGUGACUCCAAGAGGGGAAAAAAAGUUCAGUUACCACGUAGAACGAGAGGACUCGCAAAGUAUUUUUCAAAUGGGCUCGGCUUUUCCUGUGCCUGUUUAAAACAUUAAAAUCGUGCAGCAAAGGAGGCUGCGUGCGCUGGUCCCUCCCUCCCCCACCCGGGCCAGAGACGUCAUGGGAGGGAGGUAUAAAAUUUCAGCAGAGAGAAAUAGAGAAAGCAGUGUGUGUGCAUGUGUGUGUGAGAGAGGGAGAGGGAGAGGAGCGGAGGGAGCGAGGGAGAGGGAGAGAGGGAGAGAGGGAGAGGGAGAAGGAGAGGGAGAAGCAGCAAGGAGAGGAAGGGAGGGAAAGCAUGAAGCCAAGGCCAAGGGAAUGAGCAGGACAGGGGAGACAGAGAUAGGCGAAGAAGCCUGAGAAAGAAGGAAUAACAGCUUUCCGGAGCAGGCGUGCAGGGAACUGGCUGCUAUUUUCUUUUUUCUCUUCCUUUUUAUUUUUUAAAGAGAAGCAGGGAACAGAAGCAAUGGCCGAGGGAGAAGACAAGCCGAGGUGCUGGUGACCCUGGGCGUCCAAGUGGAUUAUUGGGGCUGCUCUCCAGGGGCCUGUUCUCUCUGCCUUCCAAUUACACAUACCCCCACUUCCCAGCCAAUGAAGACGAGAGGCAGCGUGAACAAAGUCAUUUAGAAAGCCCCCGGGGAAGUGUAAACAAAAGAGAAAGCAUGAAUGGUGUGCCCGAGAGACAAGUGUGUCCUGCGCUGCCCCCACCUUUAGCUGGACCAGCGCAGCCCGGCCCUGCCUCUCCCCACCUACUCACUGGUGAUCUGACUUUUUUUUAAACAUUUUUUUUUUCCUUUUCUUUUCCAUUCUCUUUUCUUAUCCUCCCUCAGGGCAAGGCGAGGAUUUUGAUUUUGGGACCCAGCCAUGGUCCUUCUGCUCCUUCUUUAAAAUACCCACUUUCUCCCCAUCGCCAAGCGACAUUUGGCAAUAUCAGAUAUCCGCUCUAUUUAUUUUUACCUAAGGAAAAACUCCAGCUCCCUUCCCACUCCCAGCUGCCUUGCCACCCCUCCCAGCCCUCUGCUUGCCCUCCACCUGGCCUGCUGGGAGUCAGAGCCCAGCAGAACCUGUUUAGACACAUGGAGAAGAAACCCAGAGCUACAAGGCGCACAGUCGGCUUCUUCGUGCUCAGGGUUGCCAGCGCUUCCUGGAAGUCCUGAAGCUCUCACAGUGCAGUGAGUUCAUGCACCUUCUUGCCAAGCCUCAGUCUUCGGGAUCUAGGGAGGCCGCCCGGUUUUCCUCCCUCCUUCUGCACGACUGCUGGGGUCUCCUCCUCGCCAGGCCUUGCAGCCCCCCGGCCUCUCUCCCCAGCUUGCGCAUGAAGAUGCACUUGCAAAGGGCUCUGGUGGUCCUGGCCCUGCUGAACUUUGCCACGGUCAGCCUCUCUCUGUCCACUUGCACCACCUUGGACUUUGGCCACAUCAAGAAGAAGAGGGUGGAAGCCAUUAGGGGACAGAUCUUGAGCAAACUCAGACUCACCAGUCCCCCCGAGCCAUCGGUGAUGACCCACGUCCCCUACCAGGUCCUGGCCCUUUACAACAGCACCCGGGAGCUGCUGGAGGAGAUGCAGGGAGAGAGGGAGGACAGCUGUACUCAGGAAAACACCGAGUCGGAGUACUAUGCCAAAGAAAUCCAUAAAUUCGACAUGAUCCAGGGGCUGGCGGAGCACAAUGAGCUGGCCGUCUGCCCCAAAGGAAUCACCUCCAAGGUUUUCCGCUUCAAUGUGUCCUCAGUGGAGAAAAAUGGAACCAACCUAUUCCGGGCAGAAUUCCGGGUCCUGCGGGUGCCCAACCCCAGCUCCAAGCGCAGCGAGCAGAGGAUCGAGCUCUUCCAGAUACUCCGGCCCGACGAGCACAUCGCCAAACAGCGCUAUAUCGGCGGCAAGAAUCUGCCCACCCGGGGCACCGCCGAGUGGCUGUCUUUUGACGUCACUGACACUGUGCGUGAAUGGCUCUUGCGAAGAGAGUCCAACUUAGGUCUGGAAAUCAGCAUUCAUUGUCCAUGUCACACCUUUCAGCCCAAUGGAGACAUCCUAGAAAACAUCCAUGAGGUGAUGGAAAUCAAAUUCAAAGGUGUGGACAGCGAGGAGGACCACGGCCGUGGGGACCUAGGGCGCCUCAAGAAGCAGAAGGACCACCACAACCCUCACCUCAUCCUCAUGAUGAUUCCCCCGCACCGGCUGGACAACCCGGGCCAGGGCGGCCAGCGGAAGAAGCGGGCCUUGGACACCAAUUACUGCUUCCGCAAUUUGGAGGAGAACUGCUGUGUGCGCCCUCUCUACAUUGACUUCCGACAAGAUCUGGGCUGGAAGUGGGUCCAUGAACCUAAGGGCUACUACGCCAACUUCUGCUCAGGCCCUUGCCCCUACCUCCGCAGUGCGGACACAACCCACAGCACGGUGCUGGGACUGUACAACACUCUGAAUCCCGAAGCGUCUGCCUCACCCUGCUGCGUGCCCCAGGACUUGGAGCCUCUGACCAUCCUGUACUAUGUCGGGAGGACCCCCAAGGUGGAACAGCUCUCUAACAUGGUGGUCAAGUCCUGUAAGUGUAGCUGAGAACCUGCCUGCGACAGAGAGAGAGGACAGAGAACCGCCACUGCCUGACUGCCUGCUCCUCGGGAAACAAAAGCAACAGACCUCACCUAGAGGCCUGGAGCCCACAACCCGUUGGCUCCGGGCAAAGGGCUGAGACGGAAGUUCCCUUUCGGGACAUUUCUCCUUCUUGCUGGCUCUGAGAAUCACUGUGGUAAAGAAAGUGUGGGUUUGGUUAGGGGAAGGCCCAACUCUUCAGAAUACACAGAUUUUCUGUGAUGUAGACAGAGGUGAUGGGGACAGACGAAGAGGGAUGGCAGGUGGACAUGUGACACAUCAUGUGGUCAUGGAUCUGGGACACCCUAGGGAGGAGGAAGGGCAGAGAAUGGCCGGGGACGGGGCCAGCCUGGAAGACACUUCUGAGGUCAGAUUUGCUCAUCGCUGCCCCACAUCUGCUCUAGGGAAUCUGGAACAUUACACAAGACAAGCAUUUUCCUUCAGACAGGUUACCCAGACAGAGUCCCAGAACCGUGUCUCAUACUACCUGGGAUUAAGGAUGAAUCUGUUGUUUUUGCAAAUUGUCCUCUCAACAGCAAUCAGCAGCACCAAUGGUCAUUACAGGGGAGAAGAAUCCAGGUAAUGUGGUUCCCGGGCCAUCAGCGAUAUUGGGCCAUAUGGAUAUGCUGAACUCAGAAGCAGAGGGUGGGAAUUAACGCCUUCCUUUCUGCCCUCUGGGUCCUUCCUCUCCCCUGCUUCCUCAAUCGUAUUUCCUCUUGGACGUAUGGCUAGACACCUUCCAGGUCAGGGUGCACAUGUCUGGAUUUUGGGUCUGUGCAGUCUUGGGGAUUAUGGGUUCGCCUCUACCCCCUAAGACCCUGGGUUCACCUGGUGUUCCUGGAAGCAGGUGCUACCAACGGGUGAGGCAUGCGGGGAGGUUGCACAUGUGCCACACGAUGACUUGGCCCCAGACACAUAGACUGAGGUAUAAAGACAAAUACAAAUAUUACUCUCAAAAUCUUUGUAUAAAUAAAUAUUUUUGGGGAAUCUUGGAUCAUUUCAUCCUCUGGAAGAUUGUUUCUAGAACAGUAAAAGCCUAUUCUAAGGUGUAAGUCCUUAAUUACUCUGGUCUUAGUUCCACAUUCAUACGUACUAGCAGAGGUAACUGGAAACUGGGGCAGUCUUGAACUCCGAAUACAUUGCUUAGUGCAAGUACCCUGGCACUGCCUUCUGCCAUCUGAGAAGACUGAGCUGGUCUUUGUGCUCCUUUCCUUCUGUGGAGUGUUUGUCCUCAGACACAGAGAGGCAGUGGCUCAGAUUUUUAGAAACUGAUUUUGACCUACAUUUAUCUGUGGGCAAAAAUCAUUUGGUGUGAACCCUUGCACAUGGAAAUGUGUUCGUUUGUACGUUCACUAUCAAUAAUGAACAUCAUUUUUGACAAUCUAAUCUCACCCUCCAAAUCAGUUGAGAAAUUAGAGAAACUGUCAAUGGCAAAUGGCCUAAGGAGAUGAGGCUAAUUCUAUUAUCAGGGUAAGCUUGCCAGGAACCUCUUGUCAGAUUUGGGGAUGGGAGAGGGUGAGGAAAUACAAUUCCAUAGUUCUCUUCUGAGGUCACAGAUCCCAGAGCAAUGCAGAAUUCUAUUAUAUUGAUGUCCACCAGAAGCAACCAUCCAUAAUGAGGAACCAUCUAGCAGCUGCCAAAAAAUAUGUUCCUCUAUUGAAAUCACCUUACCAUUGGUGAAAAAGUCUAUCUGAAGCUAAAAUUUGCAGGUUGAAGGGUCCAUGUGAUAUGUUCUUGCCUCUGUGUAUGUGUGUGUAUGCGUAGUUGUGUAUAUCUUGCUCCUUUUGGAAUGCUCCCCAGUUGAACUCCUGAGUUUGGUCACCAAGACAUUCUUUCCUGCUUUGUUCAUGCCCAGCCAAUUCUAAAGAGCUUCUCUCUCAGGCUUCAUCCCCGGUGGCACCCAUUUAUUUCCACUGUAUUUGGGGGGCUGUGUCCCUGUCCUAAAAUCAUGGCUGCUGGCACUCUGAUCCAUUUUACCCGAGGGAGCUACCGGGCCUAGAGAGGGGAUGCAGCAUGCCCAGCCCUCUGGCCAUGGGCCAUGGCUAUCCCAAGCUUCAGAAUCUAUUCACUUGUGGCAGCUAUUCUCAAGUUUCAUUGGGCAUGAGAAACACCCAAGUGUUUAUUAAAAAUGCACAAUUUCAGGCUGCAGCUCUAGAGACAGCUUUAGGCCUGGGGGAAGGUCCAGGCUGCUUAAACACUACAUUUUGAGCAGCAGUGUAUUAGAUCUGACGUCAUGGAUCCUUCCUUGAGGCUUAAAUAAGGAAGAAGGUAAUAAUUUUUCUGACCCUAGAAUAAACCUUCCUUCUUAUCCAACCUCACAGGACAUCACUAAAAUGUUGGCCUGUGGCUCAUCCUAAUGAACCGAGGCAACGAGUUAUGUUUCCUGAAGUAUCCCAAAGAAAACAGAACACACUGUGAUUCCAAAUGUUCUUUUUAUAUUAGAGCUCUAUUCUUAUCUUUAUCAGCAGAUACAAAUAUGGGCAGGGGUCUGAAGUCCAGCCUCUCCAUUCCACAUGUCACUUACAGGCACUACAGAAACAUGAACCAUUGUCUGUCUGUCUGAAGAAAUACACGCUUGUUUUGGGGGAGGGGAGGGAGGGACACUGGAAAAGACACCGUUGUUGGAGGGGGGAAUCAUAUGAUCUGUCUUGUUUAUUGCCAAGAGAAGUCCAGUACCAGUAAAAAUGACACACAGAGAGAUCUGGAGUCUGGUCUUAACAUUUCAUGAGCACAUGGUGAGUGCAGUCAGAAAUGAGCUCGAGGACCCAACUGUAAUGGUGACUUAGGGCAAUCCCAAGCAGUCUAGUUGGCCUCAGAGUUCUUUUACUGGGCUCAUACCUGCUUAUGCCUUCUCACAAGAUCUCCAUAUAUCUUAUUUCGGUUCUACACAUCACCAGGGAAUCACGGAGGAAUUCUGAUUUGUCUCCUAACCAAUUCACAACCCAGUUAGACAACAGUUAAGAUGGUCCUCAAACUACGAACCAGAAGGCCCAGGAACAUCUCAGACACAUAUUCUCUCUCCUCCCUCAAGUGACAGUCUUCAUCCCUCACCAGCAAACAAAACGCUUUGAUGUGCUCAAACUUGUUUUCAUUCACUAAGAAGUCAAUAAAGUCCCUUUUCUCUCUGC